ACGCGCCUCCACAAUGCGUGGUCGGUCUUCAGCAUCAGUCACCGUUGAACUCUCGUCUCGUGAGCAGCUACGACUGUACGGUGAAUAAAAAACGCGGACACAUUAAACGAAAUGGCUACCAUUACAAGGCUCUCAAUCGUAAAAUUCCUUGAGCUUCUCUUGGUAUGCAUUCUUAUCGGAUUGCAUUACAACUCCUACAAUGGGGGAGAUCCACAUACUGCGAUGAUAAUCACGGGUACAAUCUGCGGAUACCUUAUUAUUCUCGUUGGCUUAUUCAUUGGCAGUGUCAUGGGAACACCGGUAAACCGCCGUGUGGACCUCUUCUUCUCCCUCAUCGGAUGUGCUCUGUUCAUCGCUGUGGGUGCACUUAACAUCGAUUAUUUCCAAAAGCAAUACAAGACAUCAUUCCGCGAUACCGGCUUGGCCAAGGGUUCUCUUUGUAUCAUUGAGGGUAUCAUCUUUCUCGUGGAUGCGUUUCUUACAUUUCGGGGGGAGAACUGAGAAACCUGAAUAGCCUUCAAGUACAACGGGGGACUGCGCGCGGCAAUCGAUAUUAAGCACAUUCCGUGAUCUUCGAACGCGGAAUCUUCUCUAAUUCAUAAGGGAUGAUACUGCCAAAAAGUUUCCCAAUGUAAAGGAAGCUUUCUUUCCAGCCGGAUAGUUAAGUGUGGAAAAACUAUUAUAGCUUCGCAAACUUUUUUUUUUAAAUAAUAUGGAGUGCGAGUAAAUAAAAUGAAGUACGAAGUUUUGUAAAAUUCACGAGGUGUCUAUUUUGUCGAAUUCCAUCUCUCUUUCAUUGAUUUAAUCAGUCAGAAUUUAGAUUUAAAACUUUCAAAAAUUUUUUAAGUAAGUUAUUUAUUAGACAUCAUUCCUUCUGCUAAUAAGGAAAAAAUUCUUAAUUGUUUAAGCAAUGUGUUAAAGUAUGAUGUAACUUUGCGACAGUACCUAAUUAAUCAUAGUACAAAAAACAUGCGAGAUUUAUAUUUAAAAACAAUUUAUACGUAUAUAUAUGCUAAUACUAAUCAGCUGCAGUCCCUUCGUAGAAGCAGGCCAGUUACGAUACUAUAAUCGUUAAUAAUGUACUGAUAUCACACUCGUAAGUUUAAGUUAUGCUACUUUUAAGUUUGAUAAGCAGCAGCAACAAAAAUAUCAUGACACAUUUUUAUAUAAUGCCAUUCGUGCGUGUUUCAGCGCUAAAUAUUUGUCGCGACGGUCUCAAAUUGUUUACCGUCUUUCACAAGUAUUUGCGGAUAUUUAUCUUUUAUUUGUACGUUUUUACGCUAAGAUUUCAACAAUAUAAUAAAGGAAAUUUAUGAACCAAA